AUGGCCCUGGCCCCAUCGAGCUCCGGCAGCGAGACCGUGAUCCCGGAGGUGGAGAUGAACGCCGGCGCCGACCAGGCCGCCUCAACGGUGCGGGUCACCGUCGUUCAGGCGUCGUCCGUGUUCUACGACACCCCUGCCACUCUCGAUAAAGCGGAGAAAUUGAUAGCAGAGGCAGUUGGGUAUGGUUCACAGUUGGUUUUGUUUCCGGAAGUCUUUGUUGGUGGCUACCCACAUGGAUCUACCUUUGGAUUGGUUAUCGGCAAUCGAACUGGCAAAGGAAAGGAAGACUUUCAAAAGUAUCACGCAUCUGCCAUAGAUGUGCCUGGCCCAGAAGUGUCCCGCUUAUCUGCAUUAGCUGGAAAAUAUAAGGUGUAUCUGGUGAUAGGGGUGGUUGAGAGGGCAGGAUAUACACUUUACAACACAGUGCUCUCCUUUGAUCCGCUGGGAAAACACCUAGGGAAGCACCGCAAGGUCAUGCCCACUGCACUAGAACGAGUAUUCUGGGGGUUUGGAGAUGGAUCUACAAUGCCUGUCUAUGAUACUCCGCUUGGAAAAAUUGGUGCUCUCAUUUGCUGGGAAAACAGAAUGCCACUUCUCAGGACGGCCAUGUAUGCCAAAGGUAUUGAGAUAUAUUGUGCUCCCACAGUUGAUUGCAUGCCAAGUUGGCAGUCUUCUAUGACACAUAUUGCCCUUGAAGGGGGAUGCUUUGUGCUGUCAGCGAGCCAGUUCUGUCACCGAAAGAACUAUCCUCCCCCUCCUGAGUAUACAUUUGGUGGCCUAGAUGAAGAGCCAUCCCCGGAAUCUGUCGUUUGUUCCGGAGGGAGUGUCAUAAUUUCACCAUCCGGAACAGUGUUGGCAGGCCCCAACUACGAAAGCGAGGCCCUUCUCACUGCUGACCUGGACCUUGGAGAGAUUGUUCGAGCCAAGUUUGAUUUCGACGUGGUGGGUCACUACUCGCGACCUGAGGUGCUGAGUUUGGUGGUGAAAGCUGAUCCAAAGCCCGCCGUCUCCUUCACUUCCGCAUCAGAGAAGACUAACGCUGGAAAGGCCAAUGACGUCUUGAAGACCUAA